AUGUCGCUCGCGCCUCCUGACCCUUCGCAAAACUUUGCUCACAUUCUUCGUUUGCUUAACACUAACGUGGAUGGCAAGCGUAAGAUUCAGUACGCCUUGACUGAAAUCAAGGGUGUGGGUCGCCGUUAUGCCAACAUUGUGUGCAAGAAGGCCGAUAUUGAUCUGACCAAGCGUGCUGGUGAGCUAAACUCUGAUGAGUUGGAGCGUAUUGUCAACAUUCUCCAGUCGCCACAGGAAUUCAAGAUUCCCACAUGGUUCUUGAAUCGGCAAAAGGACUUCACGACUGGCAAGGAUGCGCAAGUCUUGUCGAACAACGUUGAGGCCAAGCUGCGUGAUGACCUCGAGCGUUUGAAGAAGAUCCGUGCCCACCGCGGUCUUCGUCACUACUGGGAGCUCCGUGCUCGUGGUCAACACACUCGUACGACGGGCCGUCGUGGUCGCACUGUGGCGAACAAGAAGAAGUAA